AGCCUUAUAUGCAUCAAUCCAAAUCAGAAGAGGAAAACGAAGGAGCAACCAGAGAACCAGUGCUACACCCAAGACUACAAAGGCUGCUGACCUUGGAGACCUGCUGGGUAUAUGGCAAUACACAAGGAAGCUAUGGUUAUUACCCGCCUUCACAGAUCAUACAUCCCUGUGACACACCUUCUCCCAGUCUGGUACCAGAUAUCAACACAAAGAAAGCUGUGUGUCUGAUCAAACACACCUUCCUGUCUGUAGAUCCCAGUAUCACUUGCAUCUACCCAGACGGAAAGAUGAGUAAAACUGGAAAAGAGCUGCUGAUCAUCUUCGAGCAGGAGGCGGAGCAGUGGGCUUCAUACAUGUGCUCCAUCCUAGCCAGAUCUGUUUCAGAGACGGGAAUAUGUUGCUACAACAUUGCUAUGGUAUCCAGUCGGCGAGACAACUUCCUGGAGCUGAAUAGCUACAAGUGCAAACUGCUCAUCCUGUCGCGGGGUUUGCUGGAAGACAUGUGCCAGUUGUAUCGCUUCUUCUUAGCACGUGUGCUGAAGCCUGAGGCAUGUGUGGUGGUGCUGCUGUGUGGUGUCGAAAGCCUGGAACCCCUGCUAGAACUCAUUCCUCUCAAGGGUGAAGAAUGCCUUCAGAUCUCGAGUGAACAAGAUGCAAAUGAGUACCGCUCGGCCGUGCUCGAUAUAAUUCGCAGAGGUGACCAGAUAUCACCAGCGGACAUGAGAAUUACUCAGAAACCACAACUGUCCAGAAGGCACUCUGCUGGUCCAGUUUUUGCUAAAUCCUCUCUACUAGUCCUGCCCUGUCACGUUCCUUGUGAGAAUCCCGGGCAGGUGUUCCUUCUCCUGCGGGAGGCCAUGGCCAGGAAAGACUUGGAGGUGGAGUUCAGUGGGAACAAGCAGAAAGUGAGAGUAAAGCCAGUAAACUGGAAUGAGAGCACGCUCUGUGUGACUGCUGCAGAAUUUCCUGCUGGAAAUGUGGCAGUAACACUCUACUGCGGAGGUGUAAUGAAGGGCAGCACCCACUUACACUACUACAGCACUAUGGGAGAGAUUUCCCGGCUGCUCAAGCAGGCUGCCGACCCGAUGAGCUUCAUGUGUCAGGCUUUUCAGUCAUCCUCCUUAGAGAAGCUGGAUCACAUUCUCGCUGCAUGUGUGUUGAAGAAGAUGCCUACUGGAGGCUUUCAAGGACUGCAGAAUGAUCAGGCUUUGACUGGAGUAUCCCACUCAGAGGACAUCCCGACUCUCCUGCACUUUGCGGCGCAGUAUGGGCUAAAAGAUCUGGCCAGUGUUCUGCUGCAGUGUCCCGGAGCUCAGCAGGCCAUGAGAAGCACCAACCAUUUUGGACACACACCUCUGGCACUAGCACACGCAAAUGGACACUCACAGCUCCACAUCCUCCUGCAGGAAUCACUGGCAAAGAGCAAUGGUGAUGACACGAGUGAUGACACAAGUGUGUAUGAGUUGAUGGGCAGCACUGUGAAUCUGCGGGUUGCUGACAGCCGUGAUCAGCCUCACACAGGGGGAGCCAGAAAUGCUAAAGUGCAGGUGGAGAAUGAUGACGAUCCCUAUACACUUGAAGGGGAUAAUGAAGAAUAUGACACUAUCUUGACCUCCAGUAGCUCAGUGGUGAUGGCUAACCGCCCCCCUGCACCUGCCCCUCGACCCGAGAGCCUCCCCACCAAGGAGGAGAACAUACCUUACAUCGCUCAGGUGUUCCAGAAGAAAAUGUCCCAGGGAGAUACCGAAACUUUCUACUCUCUUCCUGCUAAGCAAACCAGCGGUCAAGACACAUACGACACCUUUAUGCCGGGUCCAGCGCCGGGAUUGGAUGAGCUCAUUAAACUGCAGGAGCAGGUGAAGAAAGGAUCACUCAGCGUGGAUGAGGCCCUGGAGAGAUUCAGUGACUGGCAGAGGGUUCAGAGAGGAUUAGAUGGCGUCCAACAGGAAAAACUGCGACAGUUGCGGGCAAGCAUCAUGAAUAACAGAGAAGACGACGACAGUGUCUAUGAUAAAAUCAACAUCGUUCAUCACACGCCAUCUGCAACUACAAAAGAAUGCAGAAGAGGAAGCCAGCAAGCAGAGGCGAACUUCUACAGCAAACCUGUCAGAGGACAGCAUGUGAGUUUUGGAAUGAAAAGUUCUCAUCUACCUUUCAUUCAUCACUCUGCUGAUUCAAAUUUCUUUCGGAAAGCAGAUAAGCGAUAAAAAAAGAAAGACAUAUUCGUUUUCAAGCUGCUGUGACAGGAGGGAAACCAGAAUCAUCUUGUAUGGAGGUGUGAUAGUUAUAUCAUCUGAAAGGAAUCAAUGCAAAAUAAACAAACAAACAAACAAAUAAAUAAAUAAAAAGUCCUUCACACUGCAACAUUUCUUGGAAUCUGUUUUUCCUUUUACGUCUAAUGUUUUAAUCAUCAAAAAUAUGU